AUAUCCACUGAUUAUAAGUACUCGAUUUAAUAUUCCAUUCUUGCUGGAUAAAUGCGGUCGCGGUCAUAAUGAUAAAGGUGAAGUGUAUGAAGUGGAUGAAGAAAUGUUGAAAAAAUUAGAUGAAUUAGAAGAGUAUCCAGAAUAUUACGAUCGUGAAAUACAAGAUAUAAGAAUGGAAAAAAAGGAUGAGGUUGAGAAGUGCUGGUUAUAUUUAAUGAGAAACUGCCCGGACCACUUAUUGCAAAAACCAUUGCUCAAUUCCUACCACAGUAGCCCAGAAUUUCCUUAUAAACCAAGGUCUGAGCGCGAUUCAAAUAUAAAUAUUAAAGACGAAAUGAUUUAAUGAUAAAAAAAAGAU